UCGACAUUAUUUGCGCAUAUACAAACUACUCGUCAGAUCCGUACAGUAAGUAAAACUCUCUUAACAAAAGGAAAAAUAAAAAAAAGGAAGCACUCGAGGUUCACUGCAUCAGUUAGCUAGCUCCAAUUACAUGGAUCGGCUGGCGAAGCUGGCGUCCCAGAAGGCUGUGGUGAUUUUUACCAAUAGUACGUGCUGCAUGUGCCAUGCAGUGAAGAGGCUGUUCUACGAGCUGGGGGUGGGCCCUGCUAUCUAUGAGCUAGACGAAGACUCAAGAGGGAAGGAGAUGGAGUGGGCCUUGGCACAGCUCGGCUGCAACCCUUCGGUUCCCGCCGUUUUCAUUGGCGGUAAGUUUGUUGGAUCGGCCAAUACUGUCAUGACACAUCAUCUCAAUGGCUCGCUCAAAAAAAUGCUGAGGGAAGCUGGUGCUCUGUGGCUCUAGAACUAAUAUUAAGCUAGAGCACAUAUACUUUUGCUGCUACCUCAACAGAAACCCGUUCUUAUAAUUUUGACUUUGGUUUGAGUUUUGACUUCAUGUAUCCCCUCUGCUCUUGAAUCAUCACCAUAUAUGUUGAUGAACAAUGAGAAAUCGAAAUAAGUUAAGUAUAACGAAGCUAGCUUUCUUCUUAAUGAUCAAGU